CAGGUGGCCAGGAACAGGCCGGUGUAAUGAAGAAAACUGUGCCACUGCUAGUCAAAUGAGCAGACGGCCUACCAGGAUUUUUCCCAGUAAGCCAGUCCAGCUCUGAUCAUGCUCACAGAAACGAACAUACUGUAUUUUAUUUGGACUCAGUUGCCUCAUUUAAGAGGAACCAUGUUCAGAGAACAGUGAGAGUUUCAGAGAUCACAGCAUCCUGUUCGUAACAGUGUCCUUCUCCUGUUAGCUUUGUGCAAGCAGUGCUCCUCCUCCACCUCUUAGACAUACAGAGCAACAACACUACACAACAUGGGGCAGUAAGAGCGAACAAUUUUCACUGACUAGGGAUGAGAAGGAACUGGAAUGGUCAGAUCGCUGCUGCCAGAUCUGUAUUUAUCAUCUUUCUACUAUGAACACCACCAAUGACUCCAGUAGGAUAAUUCAAACAGUAAAAGCGUCCUUCUUCCUACUGGAUUUCCUCAUUUGCUGUAUAUUCACCAUCUUGAUAACACAAACUGUGUGGAGAGACAGUGUACUGAAGAAAGAAGUGCGAUACUUCUUCUUGUGUCACCACUUGGUGUGCUUGACAUUAUUCUUUGGUCUUGGAACCAUAUUUAGCUACCUACGAUCUUUCCAGGUCAAUGCCCCAGCCCUUGUCUGCUGGAUCAUUUUUGCGGUACAGAUAACAAUUGGAAGGGCAGUGCUAUUGACUCUUGUCUUAAUGGCUUUGAACACUUGCAUCGCUGUUUGCUGGCCUCUUAAAUACUUACAAUUUGCUCAUUCUGUGAAGUCUAAACUAAUGGUGUGUUUAUGGAUUAUUGCCUUGUUGGACCCUGUGGUGUCACUCAUCCUUGAAGGCAUACACAAGGGCCACCAUUUCAUUAUUCAAAUGGAUCCAAGUUGCCCAACUACUCUAUCAAGCACGUUAUCAAGAAUACUUGGAAUCAUUUUCAUCAUCAUAUUGGUCCUUGUCAUCUUGAUAUCGUAUAUUAUUAUGUUUAGAGAAGGAAAACGUGCUGGGCAUUUUACAAAGUCCAACCAACAAGCAAGAAGAACCAUCUUGAUACAUGGACUACAGACUGCUCUACAUAUUUUUCCUACAUUGAUAAACAUUUGGAUAGGUGGCAAAGAAGAGCAUAUUAUUUUGGAUUUGAUAAAUUUUCUCAUUUUCUCUUUAGCUCAGUGUCUCAGCCCAGUUGUAUAUGGACUGAGAUGCAGUGAACUGAGACACAAAUUUAUUGAGAAACAAUAUUGCUGUGGAGUACUUGAAAGAUACAGUGUUGAAAGUUUUCAAAAUGGAGAAAGGAUAUAGAACUGACUAAAGGAAAGAUCAAGGCUUUGUAUUUCAUAGUGGAAUAUUAGUGGUAAGACAGAUCUGGAAACUCUUCUCGGCACUGAUGUCAGCUGGUCUGAUCAUGUCAUCAGUCUAGUCCACUAUGUAGUUCUGCACUGAGAGUUGUGUCUUUCUAACAUGCCAGUGUUACCUUACCCUAACAUCAGUUGCUUUAUAGGGCUACUCCGGGGAAAAAGAACUUAAAGGAAAACGGUCAUCCUGUUCACCCACACUAA